CCAUCACUCUGCACUCUCACUCUCUGUCAUCAGAAUAUCUCCAGCAGCGUGAACUGGAGCUGAGAGCACGUCUGGACCAAUGUCUCUGAGCUGAGUUUUGUGUGUUGCAGCAUUACACAGAGAACAACAACCUCCAUCUUUGAUCUGAUCCUGAAAACAAGAAGAUGGGUGAUUGGCAGAGCCGUCUGCUGGAGGAAGGGAGGGAGGCGCAUAGGAAAGAUUUGGAAGAUUUUGUGUUUCUAAUCAAAAACGACGGAAAGGCUCCAGAUCUGAGCGUCAACAAGAGCAUUGUGAUGUUCACAGGUCUGUCAUCUUCAGACAAUCUGAGACAACACUACGAGAAGAGGAAAAUGGAGGUGGGCGGCUCCGUUAAUGACUUAAUCAAACUGCAUGCUGCAGACUGGAUCAAAAACCUGGCGGAUAAACUGGCCAGCAUGGAGUCAGCUCCUGCACUGGCGGGCCUCGGAGCGCUGGCCAUCGCUGUCCUCAUCGACUUGGCUUCCUCGAGUCCACCUGAGGAAAGCACGAAGGACGCUCUGCGGAGCGUGUUUGCAGAGGAGAAGGCCUCCGAGGUCUGGGAUCAGAUCGACGAGUGCCUGAAGAGAUGCGUGAUGCACAUCAACAACGACCACGAACUGGUGACUGACAUCAGACGGAUCGAGGUCCAGCUGAGCGCCGCCCUCACCAAGCUGAGGAACUCCAUGGUGAGGGACGGCCACAUGUCGUCUCAGGCUCUGAAGGCCUGGGUGAACGGGGCAGCCUUCCAUGUCCAGAUGCUGAUUCACCUGGUGAGACUCGGAGGGACUCAAACCUGCGACCCUGUGGAGAGACUCCUCUCGACUUACCUGAGAGACCUGGACACGCUGUUCAUCAAGCACAGGGAAAUGAUCGAGGGGAAGUGCAGAGUGAAUGAGGUUACAAGUACUGAUGUGCCAUUGAGUUACACAUAUCUGGUGGAUGAUAAUUUAAAGGCACACUAUAUGAUUUAUAAUUAUGCCUGCUUUAAAGAAUACUUUGAGGCUUAUUAUGAUAACAGAUACCACGUGCAGACGAGUGACAUCAAGCGUUACUUCAGCGGUGUAAGAGAGAACCUGCAGACGCUGGUUAAUCAGAAAGGAAACUUUAACGUCUAAACAUCCAGAAAAUAAUAAUAAUAAUAAUAAUAAUAAUAAUAAUAAUAAUAAUAAUAAUAAUAAUAAUAAUAAUAAUAAUAUUCUGACAUUAUAACUGUUGAGUUUAGGGAUGCACCGAAUAUUCGGCCACCGAAAAUUUUCGGCCGAAAUGUUGUGAUGACGCAAACAGAAACCGCGACCUUCAUGUGUGACAGUACCCGAUCCGUUCCACCUGCAUGCGCUGUGGUACAAGGAUUUAUGACACUACCCGAUCUGUUCCCACGCUAGCCUCCAGCUAAGUCCACAGGUAACCUAGGUGAUCUUCCAAAUAGGAGGUAGAACGGUGAAAAACCUGUGACUUCACCUCGAGUGCUGUUGUAUGCAUAGAUGAGUUUGGGCAGUGACUCUCGCCAAUCUGACUUCUGCCUCUCAGUAAGCGUUCUCAGCAUUUGCAGUAUUGUGCUGUUUAGUUUUAGUCUCCACCUGCCCGUUGCCUUGGGGAUGGUAUGGUGUUGUUCUCGACCCCAUCACCCCACAGUUUUUCUUCAGCUGUGCAAACAACUGGUUUUCAAAGUCCCCUCCCUGGUCAUGAUGAAUUCUCAGGGGGAACCCAAACUUCAGCACAUAAUAAUUAAAUAUCUCAAGAGUUUUGGCAGACUUCGAUGUGGUGGGAUAGGCCUGUGCAAAACAUGUGUAAUGGUCUACUAUUACCAAUAUGUAUUCAUAUCCACCUUUACACUUGUCUAGCUGCAAGAAGUCUAUGGAUACCAGCUCAAAUGGUAACAACUAUGGAUACCAGCUCAAGUGGUAACAACUGGUGUGAGUGGAGCUGUUGUUUCUCGACAUGGCUUUUUCUGUUUAAUACAGGUACAGCUUUGGGUGACAUAGUGGAUUAUCUCUCUUUGCAUGUGUGGCCAGAAAAAGUGAUGUUGUGCGGUCCACACCUUGAUGUCCCAUUUCGUUGUGCAGCUGUCUCAAAACUGUUGAUUUUUUCAACUUGUUGGAUUGGUGUUUUUUCCAUUCUUUUCAGCAGGAGCAUCGCUCGACUGGACUGAGUGGGUGGUAACAGGCUUCUGUUGUCCUGACAUUCUUUUCUUGUUCUGUCUCAUAGGCACAUGCUGCCCAGCCAGCAAUGACAUGUGGGGCCCAGAUGAGGGCUUCAUGGGCGGCAAAUGUGGGCCCCAUCAUGGGCUUGCACCCGGGAUCCACAUUGGGGCAAGUCGUGGAAGCCCAGACAUACUAAAAGUGGGACCUGUAAGGGUCUUAUGUGGGUCCUAACUGGGUAAUUCAUGUCAAACCCAUUUGGGCCCCACCUGCCUAAAGGGCGUUUAAAAUGGGCUUGCACCCGGGAUCCAGCCGUGGAUGCCCAGAUGGGUUUUAAGUGGGACCUGUAAGGGUCUUAUGUGAGUCCUAACUGGGUAAUUCAUGACAGACCCAUUUGGGCCCCACCUGCCCAAAGGGGUUUAAAGUUGGUUUGCACCCACGAUCCAACCGUGAAUGCCCCUAUGGGCUUAAAGUGGGCUCUGUAAGGAUCUUAUGUGGGUCCUAACUGGGCAAUUCAUGCAACGCCUAUCUAAGCCCAACCAUGCCAAAUGAUUCAAGGAAGCAAUCUAAGAAAAACGAAGAAUGAAUAUAAAUCCAAGAUAAAUAAAAGACACUUGACGCUUGGAACUGCAAGAAAUAUAUUGUUAAAUUGAACAAAAUUGAUCUAAAAAUACAUAAUACAAAAUUGUUACAUCGAACAACAAACAAUCUUUAAAUAACAAUUUAAAAAUAUAUUUAUAAAAAAUCUGAAAAAAAACACCUCUCCAAAAAAUACAUUAAUACAAAAUACACUCAUGGCAUCUGAAGGAACUGUAAGGUGAUGGGAAUGGUUCAGGUGGAGUGAAGGUGUGGUGAGCAAACAGUCUCGGUCAGAAGACAGGUGGUAUGGAGUGAGGAAUGAAACAGGGAGAAGGCAGGGUUCAAUGCAGCACCAGUGCUAUUUUAUUAUUUAUCAUUCAGAGUGACGUGGAUUCAUUGCAGUUACGGUGUGCUGCAGAAAGGGAUAACAUAAACAUUAUACAAUUAAUGAUAGUGGUCAAUUAACACAUAUUGCAAACAAACAAAUGCACAGGCUUUCAGAUAGUACAAGAAACAAUAUAUCCACAUUGCUUAUGGCACAUGGCUGGCAAACAAUGGCAUUCAGUUAGCAGUGCACAUGGUAGCAUAGCAAAGACACAGUAAUUCAUGGCAUAAAACAAACAAAUGAUAACUUGAUUCACGUUAACUCCUGAAGACUCACACAGGUUGCAUUGGAGUGCCGGCAGAGUGAGCAAAGAAUGAGCCAAAGGGUUCACAAUCAAUUUAUAGGCAACAGGUGAGGUGGGCGUGGUCAGGCAGCAGAUAGCAAAAGCCUCCUUGAAAAAGUGGAACGGAGUUGAAAGGGGAUGGGAUGGCAAGAGUCUUUUCAGCGUCUGUGUGCUGGACUCUCCUUUUUCUCUUUGGGCUCUUGCAGCCCUCUCCCCUCCCAACACAGUCUCACUCCCUACUCGUCAAAUGUAUGACGCAUGGUCAAGGACCCUGGCGUCAAGUUUC